AUGUUUCAGGUGAACAAUAAUGCCGGUGGUAUUAAUAAGCCGAAAGCUCCGUCGAAAUGGGCUCCCGUUGAAACUGGAGGACUCAGGCAACCAUUAAGAGUGAAUGUGCCGUUGGAUAGAAAUGAACGAGCGCAUUCGGAAAUGCGAAGCCGCAGUACUACUAAUCUGCACGAGCCAUCAUCAAUCGAACGUGCCAGAACUCAAAGUCCCAUACCCCGCGAACCAGUCGCAGUUGCCGAACCUCCACCAAAGACUCGUACACCGCGUAAGUCUGUAGGCGAAGAGAUCCGUGUGAGGACAGAUUACCCUCCACCGCUGCCCAAAACUCAGCCUCCUUCGAUCAAUGAAAUCCCACCAUCUCCAAAGACUUCUAUUACCACCCCUUACACGUUCAACAAAGUGAACAUACCCGAGACUUUCCGAAGCAAGAGUCCGACAUCUGGGAGGACGUCCCCGUCGCCGUCGCAGUCUUCGGCAUCAAUCCCAUCGCCAUCAUCAAUAUCUCCCGGGAGCACUUCCCCAGACACCCCUAGGAGGCGAUCAAAUCCUGCGUUCGACAAGGCUAAAGAAAAAUUUUCUGGAUUCUGUUUGGAACCGUCGGCUUCCAGUCGUCCCACCUUGACAAAGGGGCGUUCUGCAAGCCCACUGGGAAGUGUUGAGGCAUCCAAAAAUGGCUCAGAAGCUAAGGAUGUUAAGAAGGUAAGAGGUUGUUAG